AUGCGUCGCAUCUUCAACGAUGUCAUCUACGGCAAUACUUGGGAAGUCGACUUCGCAAACCAACGGCGUUACCUCACUCGAGAUUACCGAUCCCUCGUCCUCCACAUCGACGGCGAUAUCACGCACCGAAGCACUCACAACCCAGGCCAUCCUCAGGCCUGCUGGUCCGUCCUCUUCGGCACAAACUCGCAGUGGAACCUAGCAGCCUACAUCCCACCCAACCACGAGCAGAGUCUCGCAGUUGCCGAACUGACCGCUGCUAUUGUUGCUGUGCAGUCUGCGCUCGCUGUGAGAAAUCAUGGAGGGGGGAUUUCUCAGGUGGUAAUUUGCACGCAGUCAAGGGGGCUGUUCGACUUGGUGUGCUAUAGUAUGGGGGAUGACGAGAAUGAGAUGGAAUCCGAUAAUUCCCGGGCAACUGGUGAUUUGGGAGAUGUUGCUUCAGGAUUUGCACACUUGGAUUGA